AUGAGGUCUGCUUUGAGCGUUGAUCCUGACUGUAAAAGAACGGCCGUGUUUACUAUCCCGGCAGACACCCGGGUGCUAUCCUCUACGGUGGGCGUGGCCAGCUAUCUUAGUUGCCUGGUAACCGAAGAGGACCAGGCCAAGAUGAACAAAGUGAGCACAUCGAGCCUCUUCAACGAGGCACAACAGGCACUGAAUCGGGUUGGAAGUUUGGAGAAAGACGCUGGAGUCCAAAGGUUUCAAGCGAAAACUGAAUACUUGGAGUGCAAAUUCAGUGAUGAGAGGCAUGAAGAAGAAAUGGAAGCUUCGGUGCUCCACCAUGUAAGCUUCCAUCAGUUUCGGAUGGAAGUCCGCCAGCUCGAGUUCGAGCUCAAAGAGCAAGUCCGGCAGAAGGACAUGUACAUGGUGCUCAGAGAGCAAAAAGACGAGGCCCUCAAAGAUCUUCCUAUUCUUCGAGCAGAGCUGGAGAAAGCUCAAAAGGAGGCUUUUUCCGUGAAACGAGAGCAUGCCGAACUGGUCGAGAAGCUCUGGGCCGAGAUGAAUGAGCUAAAAACUUUGACCGAGACGCUGAGGAGCAGGAUAGACCUUCUGGCCUCGAAAAAAGAGGCCAAAGAGGAGUUGGCGUCGGUUAAGGACCAGCUCCAGGUGGCGAAGGACAAGGCCGACAAGUGCAAAGGCUCGUUUAAUAACAAAGGCCUAAUAUGUAAAGCGACUGUCCGGAGCGAGACCCUCGAGGAGAUCCAUGACCGGGGAUUUGAUGUGUCGGCCGAGAUUGAAGAGGCCAAGAGGCUCGAGGCCGAGGCAAAAGAGCUAUACGAGCUUGAAGGUUUCGGUGCUGAGUUGAGCUCUGGUGAAGAUUAG